AUGAAGUUUUCUGAUCCCUUGACUCAGAUUAUUAUUCUGGGGUUCAUUUGCUUCUGUUGUCCAGGAAUGUACAACUCUUUGAGCGGAACUGGUUCUUAUGGUCUCGACCCAAAAGAUUCUGAUGUCGGAAACACUUCAGUCGUUGCCCUUAAUGCCAUGUUCGCUGUCUCUUCUCUCUUUGCUGGUGCUUUGUUCAACAUCUUUGGCCAUCGCCUCCUUCUCAUCGUUGGUGGUUUGACUUACGUUUUGUACGUCGGAUCUUACUUGGCUUACGCUCACAUUUCAUCUAUCGCUUUUAUUGUCGUCUCUUCUUGCUUGCUUGGUAUUGGAGCUGGUUGGUUGUGGACUGCUCAAGGUGCUGUCAUGAUGGGAUACCCCGAGGAAGGCGAGAAGGGCAAGUACUUCUCGAUCUUCUGGGCCAUCUUCAACUGCGGUUCUGUUCUUGGCAACGCUAUUCCUCUCGGCAUCUCCUGGAACGGCAAAGCUACUAGUGCUAGUGACUCUGCUUACAUUGCCUACAUGGUUGUCAUGACAUUCGGUGCUUUCCUCACCUUGUUGUUGUUGCCUCCCUCAAAGGUUGUCCGUAAGGAUGGGUCUCGUAUCGUCAUUAUCAAGUACUCAAGCCCUAUCUCCGAGCUCAUGUCUGUCUUCGCCCUGUUCAAGGACUGGCGUAUGUUGGCCCUUUUCCCCAUGUUCUUGACCUCCAACUGGUUCUACACCUACCACUUCUUCUUGAACUCUUCCAACUUCUCACUCCGCACUCGUUCCAUGAACUCGAUGUGCUACUGGUUGGCUCAAAUUUUUGCCUCGAUCUUGUUCGGUCGUCUUUUGGAUUACGCUUCAUGGACUCGACGCAUUCGUGCUCGCUAUGGUCUUCUUACCCUUACUCUUACUUUGCUCGCAGUGUACAUUGGAGGAAUUAUUUUCCAGACCAAGUGGGGACCUAAGAGCGCUAUUCAGAAUGAGAAGGGAGUCUGGGUCAAGAACCCUGACGAUUAUCUUAAGAUCGAUAUGGUCGACAACUCCAGCGAGUACAUCGGACCUUUCUUCCUUUACUUCUUCUAUGGUGCCACUGAUGCCAUGUACCAAGGAUUCUCAUACUGGAUCAUGGGUGCUCUUACCAAUGAUACCAAGCAAGCAGCUCGAUUCGCUGGUUUCUACAAGUUUGCUCAGAACUUGGGUAGAAAUGCCUUUAACGUUACUGGUAAUGGAAUGGGUGAGCUCAUUGUUCUUGUCGUCCUUAUCUUCGCCGGUCUCCUCGGCGCAGUUCCUGUGGUUUUCAAAGCUGUUCAAGAUCAUACCGUUGAGGAUGAAGGCUCUACCGAAAAGCAUGAGGCUAGCUUUGAGGACGUCAAGGCUUAA